AUGACUACUGUGCCUGCCUUUACUCCGGAAGUUGCGAAAGCUGUCUUAACUGACGUUCUAACAGCGUUAAAUACUCCAGAAAAUAUCCAAAAGCUCGCAGAAGCUAAAGAAAAUUCUGGAAAUGAAAUGUUGAAAAUGAUGCAAUUUGUCUUUCCAAUUGUUGUACAGAUUCAAAUGGACGUUAUUAAAAACUACGGUUUUCCGGAAGGACGAGAAGGUACAGUUCAAUUUGCACAAUUACUCAGAGCUCUAGAAAGGGAAGAUCCUGAAAUAGCACAAUUACAUAGUCAAGUUCGCUCGUAUUUUCUUCCCCCUGUUACUAUAAGCUCUUCAACCGAAGCAUCUCUUUAA